AUGAGGCGACUCCCGUCUCCAGUUUUGCAGCAGCAAUGUGGGAAAUUGCUUGACCGCCCAUUGGUCAUCUUAUCUGUCCUUUUCGUGCUUUGGAAGCUGCUGUUGUUACUGGCAAUUGUCGCCAGCCCAGGCUGGGGAUACGAUACUUCCACAACACUUCUUCCGCACGCAGCAUCCAGAAAUGCCACGGACUCCUUAUUAGGAGCCGGAGCAGCAGUCAGUUCUAGGAGGUGUACACCCUUAUUGAAGCUGGUAAGAUGGGACGCCAUAUAUUUUGUGAACGUUGCCCAACGCGGGUAUCGGUAUGAGCAGGAGUGGGCGUUUGGUUAUGGCUACACGAAGUUGUUGUCCGUUUUAUCUUCUACCUUUUCGAGGAUCUCAGGAUCUGAGCCUGACACUCUCCGUGUAGCCAUGAUAGGCAUUGGUCUCUCGCAUGUCUGUCAUUAUUUGUCCGUACUAUCUCUCUAUGGGUUAUCAAAGAAUGUCUUUGAUGAUGGGGACAGGCGCUAUGUUCUGUCCCUCCUAGCCGCAGCAUUUCAUAUCAUCUCUCCUGCAGGUGCUUUUCUGUCUGCACCCUAUGGUGAACCAGUCUUCUCUUUUCUCAAUUUGACGGGUAUUUAUACAUAUGUAUCUGCGCUACGUGAUGACCGUCGCGGAUAUAUGUUUGCAAGGGAUGUGAAAUUUCUUACCGCAGGAGGCCUUUUUGCUGCUGUAACCACGAUCCGUAGUAAUGGAAUUCUGAGUGGUAUGCUGUUCGCGUAUGAUGCAGUGUUGGGGCUGGUUAACAUUUUUUCGAGGGGAAUUUCUUUACCUCAAGUUCGUCGGAUGUUUUUUGUUGUGGCUGGUGGGAGUUUGAUUCUCUUGGGUGUUGUUGGGCCUCAAUAUCGUGCAUAUACCCUGUUCUGCCAGAAUUCGGAUGAGCGCAGGAGCUGGUGUGAUAAUACCAUCCCAAGCAUUUACACCUUUGUCCAGAACCAUUACUGGGGCAGCGGGGGAUUCCUGAGUUACUGGAAGGUAUCUAAUCUACCUCUAUUCGUUCUUGCCACUCCCAUGCUCGCCCUACUGGGCGUUUCUUCUUGGUGGGCGUUCAAGACCCCUGGCAAUUCCGAUCUGCGAAGUAAAGAGCCGGAGAAACGAGCGGAGAAUAGCGGACGAGCAGAACAUUGUCGGGCCUGUCUCUACCGGCUAGCAAUACCCCAGGCGGUGCUUGCGGCUCUGGCACUGACGAACUACCACGUGCAAAUUAUCAAUCGUAUAUCUUCCGGGUAUCCCCUCUGGUACUGGUAUGUGUCGUUCGGCACACUGGAGGAUGGGAACAAGCCGCAUUCGUUUUUCAAACCCCGUGUUCUGUUGCGACGGGGGCAAGCAUCCAAACUGAUUAGGUCAUCACGUCUGCGCCCCAAGGAAAGGUCGCCAAGCAAGAAACUGACAGCAACCGACUACCCAACAUUAGAACAUCCGACUGAGCUCAGGACGUAUGCGAGUCACAGCUCCCAGCCUGGUCAAAGGAGCUUAGACAGUUUUCAAACGAAGCGACCAAGCCGAUAUAUACCGAACAAUAUGGAUUCUGAAGAACGGAUCUCAGAUCGUUUUGGGUCAGUUCACACCCAGGCUAGUAAUGAGAUGUCGCGUUCAACACCUCCAGGGAGGAAAUCAAUAAAAAUCAAUAGGAUUUUAUUGGACGACCCUUUCAAAAAGGCACGCAAUAGACCGAGGACAUACCCAUAUUUUAAGUACCUACCUUACGCUGUUGAAGAUGAGAGUGAGCGACAAAGGAAUCUUCAAGAGAUCCUUAAACACCUCUACAUCGCUGUUGAAGCGGGAGAUUUCAAUCCCGGGGCAGUACACUGGACGCGUGAACUGAGAGGAUGGCUUUCGCUGAAAUUCGAUCCGACAAGAGAGCAACGCAUCAAACUAGUCAAACUAUACUACGAGCUUGCACUGGCACCUGGAAUAGACCCAAACAUUGCGGAAAGAUUCGCAAGCAUGUUUAUGCUUUUGACCAAGAGGAAGCAUUAUCUUCGACCAGUUAAGGAUCUAAUACUUGACUGGAAACCGCUUUACAGAGAAAUAAAAGUUUUCGUUCUUCCUUCACAGUCUGGGCUGGUUCAUUCCACCAAUUUGAAACGGAAUAUUAAAACCCUGACUAAGCUCUGUGCCUUUGCCCAACUCUACUUCGACCCUUUGGAAUUGCCAGCAAUGCUCGAGGAAUUCCUUCCUCAUUUCAGCACGUCGUUUACUGAAGGGGCUUUCGUCGUCGUUGGCUUGAUAAACUUAUUUUUGCCAACUUCACCUGGGCCUGAAGACAGAAAAGAUCUCCUGCCACAGCACUACCUCCCAACUUAUUUCCAUCUUUGGUCAUUGGUGAACCGAUCCAGGACUUUCGAUGUAGCCUUUAUAGAUAUCUUGUCCAGGUUGGCACGCGACUCCCUUUCAGCCAGCUUUAUUCCAUUCUCUGAGUGCGGAAUUUUCUCGUCUGAACAAACGUCGCUCAUAUUCACCGCAAUAUUGAGACUGCUAGAAAUUCCGGUUGGACAGGCCACCUCAUCGUACAGCGCAGCUGUCGAUCUUUCAGCAGGGUUGGGUAUGAUGCUUGACAGAGACCCUCGGAAACACCCUGUUGCUCACAAUAUUGCCAGAUGGGUGGUAAUGUCGCUAUCGCCUGCCUGUGCUGAAUCCCAGGAUUGCAUAUUAUCUAGACUCGAAGGUCUAAUAGAAGCCGUGGAGACAUUCUUCCACCCUUCAAACUCUGGUUCGUGGUCAAGGACACUGCUGCAGCUUGUGUAUUAUCUCGCGGAUUUCUUUGUUAUGCGGUGGAACAGGGAGCGAAAUGAUGAAAUGGAUGUCCCGCCAGAGCGGAGACUAAAUGAUCUGUUGAAGCGACGCUUUGUCUUGUGCCUCCGUGAAGUAACUUUCAUGGGGAUAUAUGCGAAGAGCGGGGUCGCAAUGAACUAUGCGCUUUCUACCCUUCAAAGCUUGGCAUAUUUGGAACCAAACCUGAUUUUGCCCGGCGCCUUACAAAGAAUAUAUCCGUCUAUGCAAGGCUUGGUAGAGGUUCAUAGGACGACAUCUUCCCUUCGAUCUUUACAGGUUCUAUCGCGGCUGAUGGUGCGAACCAAAGGGUUUAGAUGCCACAUUACCACACUGCUAGGAUUGGCAUUGCCAGGAAUUGAUGCUAACGACUUGGAAAAAUCUCUCCAUUCGUUAGCUUUCAUCCAGUCUGUCUGCUACAAUAUCCCCUUCGAAGACCUUACUCAAGGACGUGAUGAUGUAAACGGGAAUAUGCUAGCAAUCCAGUGGAUUACGGGUGAGCUAGAAAGGAUGGAAAACGAGGGAGCAGCUGUCGAAAUGAAUUAUGACACAGACCUCUCGGAUAAAGAUGAAGAAAUGAUACUGCGCUCAUCGACCACCGGAUUUGGCGAGUUUUUGAUAUCUUUCCUCGGCAGAGUAUUUACUCUUCUGGAAAAUCUUCCGGACGCCGCACGGGUUCGCAGCGGUUCUCCAGAGGAAAAUGUCGUGAAUACAUUACCCGCUACCCUCAUGCCCCUUCUGGCAUCUCUCUCCCCAGAACUGUACGAUCAGGCAUUAAACAAAAUCGUGGAUUUUGUUGCGGAUCAUGUUAUCCAUCAAGCCCGAGAUGCGAUGGCAUUUAUUUGCAACGCCGUUUGUAAAGUCAACCCUGAGAAAGCUUUGAAACGCUUUAUUCCACUCCUAAUCCAGUCUAUUCGUACGGAAAUAGAUGAGAAUGGUGCAGCGUCCACAAGGACCACUGGUUCAGAUAUCUUGCCACGAGACCGUGGACUAGUUUGGAACGUUAGCAUGUUGAGCAUGUGCGUUGUACAUGUUGGCUCUGCAGUUUUGAAAUACAGACAGGAGCUUUUCGAUAUUGCUCUUUACAUGCAGCAAAAGUGCAAGGGUAUUCCCACUGUCCAUGUUUCAAAUUUCAUCCAUCAUCUGCUUCUGAAUCUUACGGUGACAUACAUCAUUGAUCAUUCUUUAUACGAGCCGGAUGUCAAAGAAAGGGGUAUACAAGUAGAACAAUGGGGACAGAGACAGGACCCAAACCAUUUGACCAUCAAGUGGCACGUACCGCAACGAGAAGAGAUUGAAUUUGCUGUUGAGCUUUUUAAAUCACAGGCAGAGAACGCUUUGGAACAACUUACUUCUCUUACAAGCGAAAAUCCUAGCAUCAACCGAGAUGGAAGCGGCAAGGAUUGGUCAGAUGAAGUGACGAGGAAAUUGGUUCUUCUCAGGCUCAUCAUUUCGGGAAUAUCAAUGUUGUUUAAUAACAAGGCGGCUUCGAACGGUGGUAAUUGGAGACAUUCACAAGCGGAUCACGACGUCGACAUGUCUGAUGCAAAUGGUGGCGAUGGUGUCGAAGAUGUCUCCGAUGAAGACUCAGCGCUAGACUGUUCAGAUGACUCUACUAUUCGACAGUCAUUUCCAUAUCCCGCUGGAUAUUUAUUGGAAGAAGAUGAUCCACUCUAUAUCGAAAUUCAUAAGAUUAGACACCGUGCCGGCGAAGUGCUGCAUAAUGUUCACCGCUUUUUGGUUGAAAAGCAGGAGGAUGAUGUGUCGUGCUUCACUCCUUUGUAUACCGCUUAUCGCUCAUGGUUUAUCGAUGUGGGUAUUGAGAAAUCUGCCCAUGUCCUGGACCGAGUCACCAAACUUCUUGUAGCCGACACCCAGCCAUACAAAGUGAGCGGUAUUCGAAAGGAUUAUCCUCGGCCCCUUCUUGUUCGUCGUGCGAAUGUGUAUCAUGUCCAAAGGCUCCGGCACAAUGCUUCUCCACGACCUCGAUCAAAAUUGGAUGAAACUUUGCUACUUGAUCUUGCUGAAUCCAGUAUUUCGAUAUAUACCGAUAUUAGGCGAAAUGCUCAAGGGGCUGGAGAAUCCGCUCUCAAAGCAAUUUGGGGAUCACGACUGCUGAUUAUCCCGCCCUUAAUCGAGGGACUUCAAAAAGCUGUCAAAGAAAACGAUUAUCCCCGUAUAAAGGGUGGACUGUACUCUCUCCUUUUUGGUAGCCUUGCUAAACCCGUGGGCCGCCACUGGAAAUACACUCCUACGCUUAUCAAGACCUUUAUUGAAGCUAGUACGGUUGAUAAACCCUCGAUUCAGAAGAUCUGCACUGGAGCUGUUUACCAGGUUAUGGACUAUGGCCGUGCGAUGGAGAGAAUGGCCGUGCUUGACCAGGAUGUUAUUCAAUCAAUCGCGCCAAGCACCAAUGUACAACCAAUAAUUGAUAAAAAGCGGCAAUCUAUUAAAAAGAAACGAACUUUGAUUGAACAUAAGAAAGCUGAACUUUCAGAAGAGCUGACAAACAUGGCACGAAUAUCGCAUUGGAAACAGGCUAGCAGAACUGCCGCGAUCGUGAUUGGGAUGGGGCUAAGAUUUGAUUAUGUCGCGAGUGAGAACUUGGUGAAUCUCAUCGUACUGGGGUCCGUCGACUCUCACCCAGGACUAAGAGGCAUGUACUCCCAGACACUUGUCGCUCUUUUCACAAUGGUAGACGUGAGAGCCGUCUGCAAUCAUAAAUACGAAGAUUACAUCCUAGGUGUACAACAUUUUCCUUCUAAGAUACAGGUCCCGACACAACGAUACAAGGAGGGCUGGACUGAGGAGUAUCUUGCAAGUUUCGCCAAGCCCGACGCAGAAUAUUACGUUGACCACGAUUACCCUGGUUGGCUGGUUUGGGGAAAGACAAUGCCAGCAUACAAAUCUAACAUCAAGCAGGAUAUCGAGUACGACGAGCUUGAAUGGAAUGUUCGAAAACAAAUGGGCCAACUUUUUACGCGGGAGUGGUUUGCCACGUUUUUUAGGUAUUUGAAACAGGAACCAAGGGAUGCGUUAGCGGAUAAAUUCCGUAUGCCAAGUGCGAUGAUGUUGCUUUACGUUUUCGAGCUCAUGUUAAGAGAUGAGUUGACUGCCGCAAAUUUCGAUGACAUAAAAGAGGAGAUUGCUCUAGUUUUCGAGGAUGGAAGCGAUAAACAUCAACAUCGAGCAACUGCGGAAAUUAUGGGAGCUCUCAUCGGCUCAGUGACGGAUACGAGUGUCGACAAGCGAAGCCUAAUAUGGGAGUACACUUUCCCCUUUGUUCGACAAAUAUUUUCCGAUGGGCUUACUCCGGAGAAUUCUGGAUAUUGGACGACAUUCCUGCACAUGAUAAUGCAAUGCAGAGACCCCCGUCGUUCAUGGCCUCUCGUUGACUGGUUGACAAGCUUCCGACUAGAUAUGACUUCGAAUGCGGCAUUCAAAGAGAGUUCCAAAAUUAAUCUACUUCACCAAUGCAUUCUAGACUCUGGCUGGCAUUUUCGACUAGAAAAGCCAAUUGUCGAGGAUUUCCUUGCCCACCUUGAUCACCCUUACAAAGGGGUUCGCGAAGCCAUAGGUCAUACGUUGGGGUCAAUAUACCGGACCAGAUAUUACGAGUCGUACGCGGAUAUAGAACAGUUGAUUCAGGCACAGAACCAAGUUUCGUCCAUUGGAACUAGUCCCUACCAGCCAAGCAAGGAAUUUGUGAACACAGUGAUCGAUGUCUUUAACAAGCUUGAGAAAUGGCGCCUCGAAAGACUUCCUGGACAGCAGACUCCAUCGUCAUACACUUCGGGGAGCAAGACUGUUCUUCUCUGGCUAGACUCUACACUCUCGUCGCAUGAAUGCACUCAACUCCUACAGUUCUUCCCAGAUCCAUUUACGCAGCAACUCCUGCAUAUGAUGGAUGUCAAGGAGGAUCUUGAACUCCAGUCCCUCGCAUAUCACGUCUUCCGCCAUCUUCCGAAUAUUCCACAUCCAGUUGGUAAAGACACUGAAUUCGUAGACGCUCUGGUGAGAAUUGGCCGCACGUCGCCCUCAUGGCAUCAGCGGCUUCGUGUCAUGAUCAACAUACAAAUAAUGUAUUUCCGCCACCUUUUCCUGCUCUCUACCGCCAAUCGCGAGAAGCUCUUCGAUUGCAUUGCCUAUAUGCUUGAAGAUCCCCAACAUGAAGUCCGGGCUGGUGCUUCGGCGACGCUUUCUGGCAUGAUCCGCUGUUCUCCCGUGUCAUUACGAGCCGGUAUGGUUCCCAAAUUGCGUGACAAGUUUACCAAGGCACUGGUCGAGAAUCCACUUCCAAAGAAAUCGAAACUUCGCCAUUCGGGCUCUGGUGUCUCUUCUGAUGUUUCCACCGGCGCUAACACCCCUACACCUGAACAUACCCGCCUCGUCGUAACAAGGCACGCUGCAGUCCUUGGAUUAGGAGCCCUUAUUCAAGCUUUCCCGUACACCAGUCCUCCGCCACCGUGGAUGCCCGACGUGUUGAUCACUUUGAGUAACAAAGCUGCGGGUGAUCCUGGAAUUGUUGGUCAAAGUGUGAAGUCAAUAAUUAGUGAAUUCAAGAAGACAAGGCAAGAUACCUGGCACAUCGAUGUAAAGGCUUUCCAACCGGACCAACUUGAAGAUCUUGCUGGGGUCCUCUGGAAGAGCUAUUUCGCUUAG